AUGGCGGCAGCACAUGGGCUUAAAAGGCGUUUUAUCUCCCAGCGCUGCUCUCUAGACUUUUUAGAAGACAUAGUGGAAUAUGCCAGUGUACGAAGAACCAAGCAUAUAUCUGGGUCUCCGAGACACAAGAGUUUGAAGAAGAUGCACUUCAUCAAGAACAUGAGGCAGUAUGACACCAAGAACAGCAGGAUAGUGUUAAUCUGUGCUAAACGAACACUGUGUGUAGCUUUUUCUAUCCUACCUUACGGGGAGAGUUUACGGAUCAGUGAUUUAAAAAUGGAAGGACAGAAGCAACGACAUCCUUCUGGUGGAGUUUCAGUCUCCACUGAGAUGGUGCUUGGCCUGGAAGGAGUAGAGCUGGGUGCUGAUGGCAAGGUUGUGUCCUAUGCAAAAUUCUUGUAUCCAACCAAUGCCCUAGUUGUUCGCAAAGCCGACAGCCAUAGUGCUGUUUCCUCAUGUCGAGCUAGUGCUUCACGGAGUCUUCCUGGAUCAAGAUAUAAACCUGUGACAGCAAAAACGAUACCAGCAGGAACAGACAUUGGAAGUGAAGCUGGGGAAGCCACAGAGUAUGAUCCAAAUCUUCUGGAUGAUCCUCAAUGGCCCUGUGGGAAACAUAAACGUGUUCUCAUCUUUGCCUCGUACAUGACCACAGUCAUAGAAUAUGUGAAACCCUCGGACCUUAAAAAAGAUAUGAAUGAAACCUUUAGAGAGAAGUUUCCUCAUAUCAAGUUGACACUGAGCAAAAUUAGGAGUUUAAAGAGAGAGAUGCGGAACCUGAGUGAAGAGUGCAAUCUGGAGCCAGUUACUGUCUCCAUGGCUUAUGUUUACUUUGAGAAGCUCGUCCUCCAAGGCAAACUCAACAAACAGAACCGCAAACUGUGUGCUGGUGCUUGCGUUCUGCUUGCAGCCAAGAUCAGCAGUGAUCUCAGGAAACAUGAAGUUAAACACCUUAUAGACAAACUAGAAGAAAGAUUCAGAUUCAACAGAAGAGAUCUCAUCGGUUUUGAAUUCACCGUCCUUGUAGCUUUGGAACUGGCUCUCUAUCUUCCUGAAAACCAAGUUUUACCUCAUUACAGACGGCUCACACAACAGUCUUAACCAAAGCUACGUUCCAGCUGAUGGCCAGUGGCGCUGGGGAUCACAUCACCAAAUGCUGCUGGUGAAGUUGCCACUGGCUUUUCUGUGCCGCUGUGCGCAUCCUGCCGUGGCUACAGCUAGUUUUGAAGCCUGCGGUGUGUUAUUAAAGUGUCGAGGUGUGCAUUAUGGACACGUAUGCCAAGUCUGGGGGAUGGUACGAGAAGAGUUAUUGAACUUUAUUUUCUUUUGGACAUUUAAAGCACAAAUAUUCACCAGUCAGCUGUCAUGGCUGCUUAUUAUUCGUUAUUUAUCUUUUCAGUUUUACUAAAACUGUUCUUCCCUAUGAAGAAUACUAUUGCAUUGUUUGGGUUUUUUUAAGCCUUUAUUAUAUUCCUUGAAACUAAAGGAAGCAUCACUUCCAUUCCAAUGCAC